AUGCCAAUCCCUCGACCUCGUCUAAACUACGCGGCUCUCAGCUAUGUCUGGGGUGACGUUCCCAAGAAGUCGUUUCAAGUUGGUCAACUGCUCCCGCAGCUCCCACACACCUUCGAGGAUGCUAUGGUCGCAACUCAAGAGCUAGGUCUGCAAUAUCUGCGGGUCGACUAUGUCUGUAUCGAUCAGCACGACAACUCAUCGAAGCAAGAACAGAUCGAAAUCAUGGGCAUCAUUUAUGGCGGUGCAUAUGUGACAUUGGUUGUGCCUCAUGGCCAAUCUGCUGCAGAGGGAAAGGGAAUCCCGCGUGUGGGAGAGUCUGCCGCAUUUGUUCACCAAGCACAUGUCAGUAUUGGCCGAGGCAAUAAGAUUGUCUCGCGUCUACCAUGCUUAAGGAUCGAGAUGGGAAGCUCUCCCCAUGCACAACGUGCUUGGACUUUUCAGAAGAUACUUCUUUCCCGGCGCCAACUGAUUUUCACAAAACAUCAAGUCCACUUUAGCUGCCGGAAGAUGAUGCAGUGCGAGUCUAGAUUCGAGAAUGGCCGAUUUGACGAUGAAGAGGGUCAACCAUGGACAAUGCAGCCACCAAAACAUUGGAUGGAACAUCAUGUUCGGAAAAGUCAGAUUGGCCUUGUCACUGCCGCCUGUGUUAUAGACUUGGAAUUCACUACCAUUUACUUUCUGCCGCCACCUCUUUACUGCCGCACUUGUUCUCUGGACUUGGCGUCCUCAACUUCAAGGGUAUAA